CUUUUAAAUUCCGUGUUGAGAUUGCUUUGUAAUUAUCAGCCGAGUUAUUCAAAGCCCCAUUAAGGUAACCCAGGAUAAGCGAAAUUUUGAUUUGAGUUUUGUAACCUUGCGGUGAGGGUCAUCUGUUUAUUUUGUCUGGCCUUCAGUUCUGAAUUUGAAUAAUCUCAAACUACACAAGACAUAUGCAGUGAAAAGCAUUUUUGCACAAGAAUUAUGAGAUUAAUAUUUUGGUUAACUCUUGAUUCUUGGUAAGCGUUAACCGGAUUUCGAACAACGCGAACUAACGCGGUCCAAAAUGCAAAAUCCCUUUAAAUGCGCGAAGUUCAACGGCGAGUUGUUCUUAUUUGUAGCUUCGUCGAUACAAACUAUAUUCUAGCGUCGCUUGAGGGGAUGCGAGCGGUGAAAAAGAUGUCAGCAGAAAUUUAUUUGGUCCUUGACCACUUAUAUUUUUAACCGUUUGUCUGCAGCUGUUCUGACGGCAUGGAUAUCAAAGCCGAAACAGAACGUUGGAGUAAAACCUUUUGGCCAUUUCUUUUCUUGUUUAGGUUUAUUUCAGAUACUCAGUUAAACUCCUUCGCUGAAGGUUAAUACUUCAACAAAAAUCCUAUGGCUAGUUUGUUCUUGUAAGAACUGUACCUUGUUCGUUAUAUACAGCAUUUGGCAUGUUGAGUCAGUUCUCUCAAAAGAAGUCUCGUUCCCAGAGCCCGCACGUUUUCGAUUAGCGGUCACCGAACCUGCAACGCUCUGAAUGAAAUCAUAAACCACCGAACCCGGCCAGACAGUCCAGGCUUUAAUCAGCCCUAAAAAGAUAACACUAACUGAAAUGACAUUUUUUUGCAAUUUCUUCGAGUGCCACCCUAAAAGAUCCGUUGAAGGCUAAAAAUAGUACGUGCUAUUCACCUGUGAGCCAGCCAGUCAGAAUGCGCGAAAGCACUAUUCACUUGUGAAAUGUAUACUAAUUCAAAUUAAACUACUGUAGAAAACUCAAUGAAUUGCCGUCACGUAAAACCCGAUGCCAGAAUUUAGUGUUCAAUAAAUACACAAACAGUGUGGCAUCAGUACGAAUCAUGUCUCACUUAUCUCACGGCAAAAUGUUGAUUGCAAUUACAAAACUACGCAGUACUACAGUCAUUUUUGCCUUGUUUGAAAAGAAUGUCGUACUUUUAAUUCGUUGUCUAGGAAUGGGAUGCCGAGCUCAUCGAAUCUUCUGUCCACGCCUGGUCAACAUCCUUCUCCUUGGAGUUGCCAUAACAACAUUGCAUAUCACGUGGAGAUUAUAUUAUUUGGGUACGAACGUGAAACCCAUAUGUGGAGUUAAAGAAACUAUCAUAAGGGAUUUCCACAAACAGUGGUGUAGAAUGCAUAGAUGGCGCGUAGACUGGGAAACAAUGGCCAAGCCUUGCGAGGGUCAAGUAGCCUGGAACCAAAGACAAGUUAACUCGGACAGGAGGACUGAUGCGAGGAGAAGUUUUAUUAAAGGUUGGGAGAUACUGCCAGCAGGUCACUUCAGUCGUUUCUAUAUUCAAUCCGUCACAAAAAAUGGUCGCAUUAAAACCUCCGGUGGAGACGCUUGGCGAAUCUACAUCAGACAAGGCCCGGCAUCACUCGCGCCGCAAGUAUGGGACCACAACAAUGGAAUGUACGAAGUGGUGUUCUUGGUAAUGGAGCCUGGUACCUACACUGCUCAGAUAACACUGGAUUUUACCCUGUGUGAUGGUCUGCGAGAACCACCAGUGGAUUGGUUCAUCAGAGGAACAAUCCAAGGCAAAUAUCAGCCUGACGGAAUCUUGGGAUACAUCGGUGAUGACUCUAUCUUGGAAUCUCUUGGAGGGCAAUCGACCUUCACUUUCUCAGUACAACAAAAUGGAGACCUCAUCACUGAUGCUUCUUUGACACAAUCUUCUCUAGCGAACACAGCAAUGAAUUGUGGUGUUUCGUGCAACCUUCUACAGAAUGGAUUUGGUAGAUGGAUCAGCGGUGUUUGGCGGCCUUAUGCACAGGGUUCCAAUUCAACGAUAGUUGAAGGGAGGCAAGUUGCACCGGCAGAUACACUGUGGAUUUAUGGUGAUUCUGUCUCUCAACGUUUCUUAAAAUCACUUCAAUCGCGAGGAAUAUGUAAAAAGCACUUUCAAAAGUGCACAAGCUCUUAUAUGUGGGUAUACGAGCUGACAAGCGAACAAGAAGCAAAAACAAAGUUUGAGCCAAACGACUUCAACGAGACCAUUGUCCUCCAACACAUGGCUGACAUUCUUGACUCUCCGGAUAUGACGACCCACAACAGUGUAUUUCUCUUCAACCUCGGAGUCCAUUUCUCCAUAUCGCUAAAUUUUACAACCUACAGACGCCUCAUAGAUAAUAUUGUGAAACUUUUAAAGAGCAAGACUAUUGAGAAGAACGGAGACAUGGCAAUUCCUAUUUGGAAAACAACAACGUCCAUAGAAAAAGAGAAUGUUCAUAAAAUGUAUGCAGAACUUCCUACAAACUUAACUCACUGGAGAUUCCAUACUCAUCAGAGACUGGAGUUGUUCCAUAAGUAUGCAGUCAGUGCUAUGUGUAAAGCUCGUAUCCCUGUGCUGGACGUGUAUCCCAUGACCGCCUCAUAUCCUAACGGUACAUUAGAUCACGUGCAUUAUAGUGAUAAUGUACAAAGAGCGGCCGAAGAUCAACUCAUAACAUUCAUCUCCGAUGAACUAAAGAGAAGAAAGCGGGAAAAAAAUUAAGAGCAGCUGGCGAGUGAGCUGCAAUGGAUUACACAUCUGGAAGAAAUACAUCUCGAAGAAAUUCUGUGAAAGUUAAUAGAGCAAAGUUACUUACAAUAACGUAAUCUGUUGAAUCACACGUUCUUGAACAAAAUGGCUGUGACCAUUGCAAGUAUGCAAUAGGUUUAUGACCUAUUUUGCCCAGGUUUUUCGUCUGUGAUGCCCUUUUGAUUUUGUACUUUCAUACUAUUCUAUAAAUUUUGGUUGACCUUAUUUUGAAUAUACAAUAAAUAUCUUAUUAACCGAGAUUGUCCGGUCUUGACCUUGACCUUGACUCAAAGAGCUGGAAAGAUUCACCGUUCAUACUAACCAAACUGGGUUAUAAGAACAUGAGAGCUAUAAAUACGAUGGCCAAGUCCGUAGAUUUCCCAAGAAGGUUUCCCUGUUUAACCGAACACGCAACGUUUGUCAUGGACACAAACAAAAUGCUUCCAAGCCUGUUCCAAAAGAGACUUCCUGUAUUCUUCAGAAAAAUAUUCUUUCCCAUCGUUCUCUUUGUUCGCCGAGACUCCAUGACCACCACGCAGGACCACACUUUUUAUCUCGAGCAGCUGGCUACAUCUGUUACAGUUCGUAUUAUCAUAUUAUGUAUUAUAACCCCUCACUUCUUUUAUCAUUCUUUUCAUUCGUUUUCUUUUUAUUAUUUUAUUGACUUUUUUUCCUAACUUUCUAUUUUUCUAUUUAUUGGUAAAAAACAACAUUUGUAACUAUUGAUAGACUGGCCCGGCCAGAUUAGCACAAGUAUCCGCGGGCCAGUCCAACUGUAAUGUGUAAAUUAAGAAAAAAAAUUAUU